CAAUCUAUCUUUCCAGGAGCUUAUGGAGUUGUAUGUUCUGCUAUUAACAAAAAAUCAGGAAUUAAAGUCGCAAUUAAGAAAAUUCCAAAUGCGUUCUGUGAAGAGACAAUAGCAAAGCGGACAUAUCGGGAAAUCCGUAUCCUUAGACACUUCCGACAUGAGAACAUCAUUGCAAUUCGUGAAAUAUUAAACAUCAGAGGUUCGGUUACGGAUUUCAAGGAUGUUUACGUGGUGCUGGAUUUAAUGGAAAGUGAUCUUCACCAAAUUAUUCAUUCUAAGCAAACUUUUUCUGAAGAGCAUGUUAGAUAUUUUCUCUACCAACUUUUGCGAGGUUUAAAAUAUAUUCACUCUGCAAAUGUUAUACAUCGUGACCUAAAACCAAGCAACCUGCUUGUGAAUGGCAACUGUGAACUAAAGAUUGGAGAUUUUGGAAUGGCAAGGGGUGUUUCAUUUGCGCAGGACCAUAAGCGUCAGAUGCGGAUGACAAAUUAUGUUGCUACAAGGUGGUAUAGAGCUCCAGAACUCCUUUUUCCUAUGGAGCAUUAUGUAAAAUCAGUGGAUAUGUGGUCAGUUGGAUGCAUUUUGGCAGAGAUGAUUGGCCGGAAGCAGAUAUUCCCAGGAAAGAACCUUAUAGAUCAGCUAACCUUAGUAACUCAAGUACUCGGCCUUCCACCAGAUAGUAUGUUACAAUCUUGUCACAGCGAUCAGAUCUUCAAUUUCUUUCACAAAAAUUAUGGUCACAUGAAACCUAUUGACUGGAAAACCAAGUAUCCAACUGCUGAUUCGCAAGCUCUCAACCUGUUAUCAAAGAUGCUGAUGUACAAUCCAGAGGAGAGAGUGACAUCGUCUGAUGCUCUGAAGCACCCGUACUUGGCCAAGUAUCAUGAUCCACUUGAUGAACCCCUCUGUUUUCCACAAUUUGAUUUCUCUUUUGAGAAUGAGAAGAUGGACAAGGAACAAGUUCGUGGCAAAGUUAUUAAAAUAAUUGAGAAGUAUCAUAGACAUAAGAAAACGGCGUCAAAAGUGCCUUUGGGAUCUUUUAUGAAGCCCACUCAAAGGGUUUGUGGUUCUGUUUCCAACCAGAAAGGAAUAAUUAAUGUUUCACAACCAGGGCUAUUUAUACCACAUACUGUGGUAGAAAACCUACAAAAUACCAGAGAGACUUUAACUCAGUCUUUGGCACAAGGUGAAACUGAUAAACAAGCAUCUUCAGUUGAAGGUAAGGGAACAGGAACAAUUAACGCUCCACAGAUAAACAUCCAGAAUACCGCACAGGAUUCUGAACCUAUCAUUGUCAAUGGGGAAGAUUCAAAAAGAGGUUUGCUUGUUGCAACCCAGCAAAAUACUACAGAUGUGGAAAUGAAGAGUGCAUUGUCUGUGUGUGGCAGUGCUCAGAUUAGCAGCCAGGAAAUCACCUCAAAUGGUUCCCACAAGAAUUCUCUACUACCACAAGAGUCUUCAGAUGUUGUUAUGCGAAGUGCAUCACGAGAGGAUUCAAUUUCGGAGUUACCCCAGCAGCAAGUAGCUGACCUUCAGAAUCUUAAUGCCAAAGCAGUAUCUGGUGAUGUGGCCAUGAAGAGUGCGAAAGACAGUGGUGAUGUUUGCAUACCCAAGGUACAAGGCCCACAGAUAAAUACUGAGAACUCACAGAAAACCAUCUCGACAGAUACAAAAGCUCUCAUCAAGGCAGCUCUGUUGAAUGCAGCACAUCGAAACAAGAUGCAAGCUUCUAAAACAGAUUUAACAAAAACUGAUCCCAAGGCAGCACCAGUUGGAGGACGCAAGAUGUCAGUGAAAGCAUGGGAACGACAGAAGGAAAGAGAAGAGAAAAGAAAAAAUAAGUUAAAGAAAGCUACUGAAAGACAGAAGAAAAUGAAAGCUAAAAAUAAGCAACAAGAAAACCAGGGACUGUUCCUCACACAGGAAGACCGAGACAUGCUGGAGAGAUGGAACAAAAUGAGGGCGUCUGCACAGGAGAGUAAAGACACAGGAUCUGUAAGCAUCAAGCAAUGGAAGUCUGAACCAAACAUUCAAAACUCAAUCAAAUCAAAGAUGCAAGGCCAUCAGCCACAAGGCAAUACAAACUCUGUUAAGUCCUUAGUUAAUCCUUCAACAUCAGGCUUGCAAGGUACAGGAGGAUUUGGGAAUAAGGAUACAAAUGGGCCAGCAACGUUUGUUCUUGCAGGCCAGGGCCAGGCACAAUGUGGCCAACAAGUGCAGAUUAAACUCACCCAACCUACAACAUUUGUUAUUAAAAAUACAGCUAAUAUGGCACCAAAUAGUAGAGUGAAGGUUCGUCAAAAUCUUAAGCCUAUAGCACCCAAGCAAGAACACAAGCCGCAGUGUGCUAACAUCCAGAGCCAGAAUACACGUCAAGGAACAAAUCUUUUCAACCAGGUGCCUGUAGUGGCCUCUGAUGUCAAGCAACCAGCAUCCAGUCAAAACCUUCCAAAUAUUGACCAAGGACAAAUGCAUACAUUCUCUUCUACAGAUAUGCUCAAUGACAUGAAACCAUCUGCAGUACCUCCAAAUGAGGCACUAUCUCCACAUUACCAGAGUCCUGGUAGUUGUUCUCCUUCAUUUGCCCAGCAUGGCUCGCCACCAACUUAUGAGGAAGCAUUGGAAGCCAAGCAGAAGCCCCCUACAAAGAUGUCGCCACUGUUACGUGAUGAAUUUUUAAUGGCUAGUGAUUCUUUUGGCGCUUCCACAAAAGUGUCUGCUCCAGAUCUCUUCAAAAAUGUUGUUCCGCCAGCUGGGUUUUACAAGGACCCAAAUUCUCCUCCAGACAUUGCAUCUGUUACACACCAAUUAUCAAAGUCGGGUAUGAUCGAUGUUCUCCCUCCAUUACUACAACUAACACCAAGAGGUGAUGGAGCAGGGUACGGGUUGACUAUGGACUUAGAGGAACUACUCAAUCAGUCUCUUGAUAUGCAACCCCCUCUAUCGACUGGCAAAUGUGAAUCCGGUCCUCUAUCAGCCUCUCUGCUUUCUGAUUGGCUAGAUCUGCAUAAUUUGAACCCUGCCGAUCUACAUGCAGUACAGCAAGAAAUUGGUUUAUCCUCACCAUUCGCCAUGGCAACAUUACCUGAUGUCACUCGUCCAAGUUCUAAAGAUAAAUAAAAUAACAAACAUUGUGUUGUGUAUUCAUCCUUAAAAACAAUGAUAUUCAGGGUCUUAUGCGGUAGCUAGGAAUAUACAAAAUUUUAUAUAAAAAGAAAAAAGAAUUCAAAUUGAAUCGUUAGGGCCACCGAAUAAUUUCAGUUAAGUAAAGCCCAGCAGUGGUGGGUUCAGAAAAUUGCUGAAAAGAGCAACUGUGUCCAACAAGGGGUUUGAACCAAGGGGGUUAACUAGGGCUUCAGUCAGGGUCCUGGAAUAAAAUUCGUGGUAGAGAUCAUGGGAAGAGAUUUUAUGGUUUAGGUUGACCCAAAUUGACCUUCCCACUAAGCCCCGCCUUUUUUAUAUUGUUGCAAAGGACCCACAAACUAGAGUGUAAAAAUAUAAGCAAACACGUGCAUUUGUAGACAACACACCAUGUGCUUGUUAGACGCGAGCGUGUUCACGACCCUGUUCUGAUUGGUCAGUUGUGAAGUUUGAUUGGCACUCUGGAACAGUCCAUUGCGCUUUUAGAUCAUAAUUUUAUGGACUGCAAUCAAAUUGACUUUGUUUGGAAUGGAAAAUUAAUAUCUUUAGUGCGACAAACUCAUUGCAGCGUUGAACUUUUGGACGAUGAGGGAUCUGUGGUUUUCGGACAGAAAUUUCCUCUGAAUUCCCCUAUGGUGCUUCCACUGAAGUGAAACAUACCAUACACUAUCAGAUUUUUUUGUAAAGGUCAACAAAGUUUGUUCAAACAAUCAAUUUUUUUUACAUUUUCCUCAAUACAUAAAAACAUGUAUACUGUAAUAAUGAAAGCCAUGCCAAAACCAGCAUCAGUGACCAAAACAAAAAAAUUUACAUUUUAAUAUAUUCAUAUUCUCCAAAUUAUAUGCUUUAAAGUGAUGGGUCAUUUACUGGAAUCACCCUGCUAUUGCCCAAGUUAUGAGUAAAAGUAUUAUUCUCUCUACAAAAGUAUGCAGUACUGCCACAUUCUAUGCUAAUUACUCAGUUUAACAUUUAGCGACAGUGCGCCGGUUUUGGGGUGGCAAGACCUUAGAUAAAAUAAAAUUAAUACGCAGGGGCGGAUUUAGGAGACCGCCCCCCCCCCCCCCCACUCCUUU